AUGCCUGCAUUGAGUGCAAAAAGAGUUUCAAGACGAAAGUGGACCUUACCAAGCACCUCUGUGCACCUCUCUCACACAGGGGAGAGGCUGUUCCCUUGCACUGAAUGUGGCAAGAGGUUCAUCACCAAAUCGCAGUUCAAGGAACACCAGAGGAUCCACAGAGGGGAGCCAUACAAGUGUCUGGACUGUGGGAAGAGCUUCACUGAGAAGUCACAGCUCAUCAUGCACUGCCAGAUUCACACAGCCAAGAAGCCCUACCAGUGCAGCAGCUGCCAGAAGAGCUUUGUGGACAAGUUGCAGCUGGUAGCCCACUACCACACCCACACAGAUGAUUGCCCCUUCAAGUGUGGGGUGUGCAACCAUGGCUUCUGGCAGAAGAUCAUCCUCAUCAAGCACCAGCAGGUUCACACCAGAGAGCGGCCUUACUCCUGCAGCAACUGUGGCAAGGGUUUCUGCCAGAAGUUUGCCCUGGUCAAGCACCACUGCAUCCGUGAGUGGGGUCGGAAUGAGGCUGGUGGUGUGUGUGAGGAGUGGCAGAGCUCAGCUGGACCCUGA